UUCAAUCAUUCCAAGGUCCAGUAAGCGGAAACUAUCCCCAUUCUUCAAUGCUUUCUUUCUCAUUGCUGUCACUGCUUUCACACUCCUCCCUCUACCCCUGUAUCCUUUCAUUCAUUGUGUCUUUCUCUCUCUGAGCUUUCUGGGUUUCUGGUGUUCACAAUUCACAAAGAGGUAAGCUUUUUCUUUGAAACCGAGCUCUGCAUUUUCAACGGUCACUUUGUGUGGGUGUGGAGAUGCUUCCUCUGUUCUUGUUGGCUCUUGUCAUCUGCAACUUCCUUGGUUUAGUGGGUUCCUUGAAUGAUGAAGGGUAUGCUCUGUUGUCAUUUAAGCAGUCCAUUUACCAGGACCCAGAAGGGUCUUUGAGUAACUGGAACUUCUCAGAUGACAACCCUUGUUCAUGGAAUGGGAUUACAUGCAAGGAUCAAAGAGUUAUUUCUGUUAGCAUUCCAAAGAAGAAGCUAUAUGGUUUUCUUCCUUCGGCUUUGGGUUCUCUCUCUGAUCUUCGACAUGUAAAUUUGAGGAACAACAGGUUUUUUGGUAGCUUGCCUGCUGAGCUUAUUAGAGGUCAGGGGUUACAGAGUUUGGUCCUUUAUGGGAAUUCCUUUUCUGGGUCUUUGCCGGAUGAAAUAGGGAAGCUGAAAUACCUUCAAAUCUUAGAUUUGUCGGAGAAUUUCUUCAAUGGGUCGUUGUCUGCAUCAAUUACUCAAUGUAAGAGGCUAAAAACCCUUGAUCUUAGCCAGAACAAUUUCACUGGUCCUCUGCCUGAUGGAUUUGGGGUUGGUUUGCUUUCUCUUGAAAGACUUGAUCUUUCAUUCAAUACUUUCAAUGGUUCAAUUCCUAGUGAUAUGGGAAAUUUGUCUAAUCUGCAAGGAACUGUGGAUUUAUCUCAUAAUCUCUUCAGUGGUUCAAUCCCACCUAGCCUAGGGAAUCUUCCAGAAAAGGUGUAUAUUGAUCUCACUUAUAACAACUUGAGCGGGCCAAUACCUCAGAAUGGUGCUCUGAUGAAUAGAGGACCAACUGCAUUUUUAGGGAAUCCUGGGCUCUGUGGACCUCCAUUGAAGAACCCAUGUUCUUCGGGUACUCCUGGUGCAGCGAGUUCACCUUCUUCAUAUCCCUUUCUACCAAAUAAUUAUCCUUCCGAGAAUACAGGUGAUAAUGGAGGAAAGAAAGGGAGAGGGCUGAGUAAAAGUGCUGUUAUUGCAAUAAUAGCGUGUGAUGUAAUUGGAAUAUGCCUUGUGGGCUUGCUGUUCUCUUAUUGUUAUUCAAGAAUUUGUGCAUGUAGCAAGGCUAAGGAUAAGAAUCGGUGUGGUUUUGAGAAGGGAAGCAAGGAAAGAAAGGAGUGUUUGUGCUUUACAAAAGAUGAGUCAGAGACUUUAUCAGAAAACAUGGAGCAGUAUGAUCUUGUGCCGCUGGACACACAGGUGGCAUUUGAUUUGGAAGAGCUGCUUAAGGCCUCAGCUUUUGUUUUGGGGAAGAGUGGAAUUGGCAUCGUGUACAAAGUGGUUCUUGAAGAUGGGCUUGCCUUAGCUGUUAGAAGAUUGGGUGAAGGAGGUUCACAGAGGUUUAAGGAAUUCCAGACAGAAGUAGAGGCCAUUGGAAAGCUGAGGCAUCCUAAUAUUGUAACUCUCAGGGCUUACUAUUGGUCUGUUGAUGAGAAGCUGCUGAUAUAUGAUUUUGUACCCAACGGCAGCCUCGCCACUGCACUUCAUGGGAAGCCAGGAAUGAUAUCAUUCACUCCAUUACCAUGGUCUGCUCGAUUAAAAAUCACAAAAGGAGUAGCAAAAGGCUUGGUCUAUCUCCAUGAAUUCAGCCCCAAAAAAUACGUACAUGGAGAUCUGACGCCAAGUAACAUCUUGCUUGAUGAGAACAUGGAACCGAGGAUUUCUGAUUUUGGACUUGGGCGUCUUGCUAACAUUGCUGGAGGGUCCCCAACCGUGCAAUCUAGCAGAUUGCAUGUGGAGAAACCGCAAGAAAGACCACAGAAGAGUGCGUCCUCACAAGUUACUGCAGUUCAUUCUUCUAUUAACUUGGGGUCUUUUUACCAAGCUCCGGAAGCACUGAAAGUGGUGAAACCAUCACAGAAGUGGGAUGUCUACUCCUAUGGGGUGAUUUUACUGGAAAUGAUCACUGGAAGAACACCAUUAGUCCAUGUGGGGUCCUCAGAAAUGGAUCUUGUCCAAUGGAUUCAGCUUUGCAUUGAAGAGAAAAGGUCACUUUUAGAUGUUCUAGAGCCGUUCUUGGCUCUAGAUGCAGAUAAGGAAGAGGAGAUAAUUGCAAUUCUAAAGAUCGCAAUGGCCUGUGUUCAUACCAACCCUGAAAGAAGACCAGCAAUGAGGCACAUCUCUGAUGCUUUGGACAGAUUAGUUGUGUCCUCCGAAUGAGAAACCUAAUUAAACCAACAUUUGAGGUUCUUUUUCAAAGCUAGACGUUCAUUUGUGUUUUGUCAUUACAUUGAGUUUGGUACAAUUACAAGAUGUUGGUUAGUUCCACUUCUGCUUCAGCUGAAAAUGAUUCCCGCUGAAUUGCAGCAAACCAGCAAUGGUGAAAGAUGGUACAAUUUUAGUAGUUAAGGGAAGGUCUUCAAUCUUCAUGUUUUCCUGUAGGAUUCCCUUUGUGAUCACUGCUCUAGGGCUUAGCUGACCAGCUGUGAGCUUUUCUAUUUCUAGUAGGCAUUUGUAUCUGUAUGAAUUGGUCAGUACACGUGGAAGGUUGUUUUUUCUUCUUGCUCUUAUUGCAGACCCUUUGUCUCUUUCGUUUUCUUGUUCAAUAAAAUUAAUUAUUUUAC